UCCGUCACAACAUUUGACUCUUUGUCCGAUGCCCUAAUUUGUUAUAUAAACGAUUCCGAGACAGCCGUUCUAAAACCCUUGGCGAAGAGCAAAAGGCGGCGUAGAGAAGCAAAUCCUCCCCGCGAAGAUGCCGAAAUCUAAACGCAACCGGCCCGUGACCCUGUCGAAGACGAAGAAGAAGGGGAGGGAGCACAAAGAGGCCAUCGUGAACGCUAUCAAGGAGGCGGUUGAAUGUUACCCUUCUGCGUACGUAUUUACUUUCGAGAAUAUGAGGAAUCAGAAAUUCAAGGAGUUCAGAGAUCAGCUCAAGUCCAACAGCAGAUUUUUUCUUGGAUCGAACAAAGUGAUGCAGUUAGCUUUAGGGCGGUCCGUAGCUGAUGAAGUCAAGCCUGGCAUUUAUAAACUUUCUAAAUUUAUUCGUCAUGAUGCUGGGCUUCUCUUCACUAAUCUCUCUAAAGAAGAAGUUGAGAGAGUAUUCAGGGAGUAUGAAGGAUAUGAUUUUGCAAGGAUGGGGUUCAUAGCUACUGAAAAGGUUGACUUGAAAGAAGGUCCAUUGGAGCAGUUCACACAUGAAAUGGAGCCAUAUCUUCGGAAACAGGGUGUUCCAGUUCGCUUAAAUAAAGGAAUCGUCGAACUGGUUUCGGACUUUGUUGUGUGUGAAGAAGGCAUGUCUUUGUCACCAGAAGCAGCUCGCACAUUGAGGUUGCUUGACAUUAAGAUGGCAACUUUUCGCCUUCAUCUUUUGUGUCGUUGGACACCUGAAGAUUUUGAGGUUUACAGAGAGGACUUGGAUCACUCUGAUAUGGAGUCUUAACUGCGGCACUCCUACAGUCAGCAUCAAGAUUAUUGAAGUCUACUGAGAGAUUGUCACUAUAGGAAAUUGUUUUAGUUGGGCUUGCUUGUUUCUUAGGAAACAAAAUAUGCUAUGUUAUUGUGUAUCAUUAACAUAUGUGUACUGCGUUGUGUAGCAAUGCAGAAUUUUCCUACUCCAAUUAGGAGUGAUCUGAGUGAUCCAGUUAAAUUGUAGAUCUUCUUUGCGCUAAUUAUCUACUAUUUAUUAAUA